AGUCCUGGGCCAGGGACUCCGCCGAUUUCUGCGACUCGGCCAGUGCCACCGCGUGCUGCACCACAGCAGCGGCCUGAAUGUCCCAUCGGUGCGGCCACCGGUUGCACAUGGAUCACAGCGGCCACGCCCAUCGCUGCCCACUAUUGCGCCGCGCUCUCAUACACCACAGAAGACGUCGCCCAUGCCACUAGCAAAGAAGACACCGUCGCUGAAUACGGUGGCUGCGGCGGCAGUCUCCCAGCAAUCGGCAAUGGAGAAAAUGUACCAGUCUGCAUACCUAAAGCUCUUGAACAACCCAGCCGUGGUCUUGAAGAAGCUCAGCCCACCAGUCGAUCUAGCUGCCAUCCUCAAGACCCGGGGAUCAGCACCAGAAGGGCUUGGGCGAUCAGAGAUGCUGCUGACGGUGCUUAAGGCUCUGACCAAGUCGCAGGCAUCCCAGCUAGCCAGUAUGUACGACCAAGAAGUGAAGGCCCGAUCAGGCGGGCUACCAGCGAUCAACACCAGCGGGCUACGAACGCCGACCGGUGCACGGUCUGGAGAAGUAUCGCCGUCAGUUGCGAGCAUGUCUGGCGGUGAGAGCGACACCCACUAUCGCAAUGCGUCAGGCACGGGAAUGGAGACACCAAAGAAACGCAAGUACAACAAGACUGGCAAGUAUUCAGUGAAGAAGCGUAUGGCCAAUGCCGAGCAGCAGGCCAUGGUUUCGGCACCGUCGACACCGACUGGUGGCCGUGAGCGAUUGUCGCUACAGCAGUCACAGCCAAUUCGAGCUGAUCACCCAGAUCUGCGGCGAUUCGCGUCCCUAUCGAUCGAGCAGCGGCAACAGCAACCUGAAGAGAUUGCGCAUCGAAAGGAGGUGGGACGGCGGUUCCGCGAAGCCCUGGCAAUGGACCACCAGAUGGUGCAGAACCCCGACUGGCACACACCAUUUCGCAACACAAAAGAUGCGAUCGAGCGACUCUUGCCGUUCCAUAUCUACCAGUACUCCGACAGGGCGCUGGAUGCCGGUAUCGAGGCUGCUGAGCGGUCAGUCGAGGUGUCGGCGGCCUCAACGGUGGACACGGCUAGAGAGGCUGAGCAACCAGUACAGCCGCAUCCUUGAGCGCGAGGGCGCCGAAUCUGCCUACGAUGUGGGCAGCAUGCAGCUCGAGAUGAGGCAGAUUGAUGCUGCGAAGGCUGAGCUGGACCGGCUGAAUGAGAUUACGCUGCAGCGCCAGCUCUCAAGCUUCAUGCCUGGCAGCGGCAUGGCCGAGAUGCAGCUGCCAAAGACACCCGCUGCAGCAGCACUUGCCGCUCACCGCUCACUACAGCCCAGGACCGCGCCCUAU